CCAAUCUUGUGCUGCCCAACAUUUCAGUCUGUCUGCAUUUUGUUUCUGAAGAUAUACAUACAAUUAUCUGUAUCUAUAUUUCCUUCCAGUGUUUGGGUCUACAGCGAGAAAAGGAGAAAGAUGGCUUGCUCACGGGUGAUUUUUGCCAUGAUUUUCGCUUUGGUCGCCGGAUCAGCUUUGGCUCAGGCUCCGGGAGCCUCGCCGGCUGCUUCGCCGAAGAAAUCUCCUUCUCCGGUUGCAUCUCCUCCGAAGUCGGUUGCGACGCCUACUGCGACUCCCGUCGCCGCUCCUACUCAGGCUCCGACCGCUUCCCCCCCUACCGACUCACCGCUGUCUUCUCCACCGGCUCUUCCAACUGACGCCUCGUCUCCCGCCGGCGCUCCUGCUACUCCUACCUCCAUCGCCUCUCCUCCUGGCGCUUCGGCUCCCGGCUCGUCUCCUGCCUCUCCUCCCAGCGCCGCCGCUUUGAACAGAGUCGCCCUGGCCGGAUCCGCCGCUGUGGCGUUCUUCGCCGCCUCACUGCUGUUCUAAAUUCUCCGAUCUGCGAGUUGACUGAGUUUUCGGUCACAUUCUCACCGGAGUUGGAUGAUUUAGGAAUUUUACUUAGUUAUAUAUUUUUUAUUUUUUACUUUCGUGUUUAUUGCUCCGCGUUUUGACGGCGGCGGUGUUUAUCGGUGGUGGCGAUUGAGAUUGAGGACAUAUUACAUUACAUUAUCUGCGUUGAUUUGUUGUUGACUCAUGGUUGUUCAUUACUAUUGUUAUUAAUAUUAUUCUUAUUAUCAUUA